AUGGCUGCAGCUUAUGCAGCUUUAGUUUCUCUCACUCACACUCUUGAUCAGAUCCUCCUCCACCCACCUCCCACCCUUCACAUCAAUUUUGACAGAAAACAGAUUCAAUCUCUACGAGAUAAGGCCGAGUACAUUUUGGAAGAUUUUUUCAAAAAUUAUACAAGUAGUGGAGGCAACAAAGAGAUGGAAGGCUUGGAGACGAUGAUCGGUGAUGCAGCAUAUGCAGCAGAAUAUAUUGUUGAGUUCAAUGUGAUGAACCAAAUUCUUGGAAGAUCUUCAGCCGAUAGAGAAGAAAGCUCCAAUUUCUUGUUUGAAGCUGUAGAAAUUUCAAUACAAGAGUUCCUUUUCAUUGAGAAAAAGUUGGUGAAAUUGAAGAAAGAUAUGCAACGACCUAAUAACUACUACUUAACAACAACAAAAGCUAGUUCUUCUUCUUCAUCAAGGCCUCUUCUUCCGGCCGGUGGCAAAAACAACAUGGUGGGAUUCGAUGACCACAUGGUUGAAAUCAUGGGCGCUCUCUCCACCAACGAAUCUAAUCUUCGGAUCAUCUCUAUUGUAGGAAUGGGAGGCAUAGGUAAGACUACCCUUGCCACUAAUGUUUUUAACAAUCCCUUUAUUGUGGAGCACUUUCAGCUACGUGCUUGGUUUACGGUAUCCCAGGAAUAUACUUACAAGAAGAUUCUCCUAGGCCUUUUGCAUCAGAUCAACAAUACAUAUCGAAAUGCACAUGAGAUCGAUGAUGAUGAUGAUGAUUAUGCAAUAGGAGACAGACUGCACAAAACUCUAUUUGGGAGGAAGUAUUUGAUAGUAAUGGAUGACAUGUGGGAUAUCAAAGCAUGUGAUAUGGUAAAAAGGUUCCUUCCUGAUAAUAAUAAUGGAAGUCGAAUCUUGGUAACUACUAGGCUGAUGAAGUUGGCUGUAGAUAUUGGAUCUUGUAGCCCUUAUCAACUGAAUCUUCUAGAAAAAUCACAGAGCUGGGAUUUACUCCGUGAAAAGAUAUUUGCAGAAGAACGUUGCCCCGAUGAAUUGGAGGGAACUGGAAAAAGUAUUGCGACAAAAUGCAGAGGACUUCCAUUAGCCCUUGUUGUGAUUGCUGGGGUUCUUGCAAAGUCCAAGACGGAAGAACAUUGGGUGUCAAUUGAAAAAGAUGUAACUUCAGCAGUAAACAAUCAAGAUGAUGAGUCCUGCAUGAAGAUACUAUUGUUGAGCUAUAAUAACUUGCCUAUACAUCUAAAGCCUUGUUUCCUUUACUUUGCCGUGUUUCCUGAAGAUCAUAUCAUCAUAGCGGAAAGGCUGGUCAGGUUGUGGGUUGCUGAAGGAUUUAUUAGGCAGUGUGGGCAUAAAAGCUUAGAAGAAAUUGGAAAGGAGUACUUGGAGGAUCUUAUUGAUCGAAAUCUCAUUUUGGUCGAUUGGCGGUUAGAUACGGGAGAAGUGACAUACUGCAACAUUCAUGAUGUUUUAAGUAACCUAUGCAGGAGAGAAGCUCAGAAAGACAAUUUUAUUCUCUCGUUCGCUAGAAAGCUUUAUAACCCCGAUAUUUUAACUUUCAUGAAGAUCACACCACGUCUCAGCAUUAAUGGCGGAAAGUGGAAAGGGACGAAACAUAAGCCAUAUACAUCACAGAUACCUACACGGUCUUUGUUAUGCUUCUCUAAAGGGGCUUCAACUGAUUACACGGCUCGUCGGUUUCCAUUACUACGAGUAUUGGAUGUAGUUGAUAUAUAUCCCAAAGAUGAGAUUCUACAGCUAAUUAACUCAAGGUAUGUUUCUUGCAUGUGUCCGAUGAUGUCGAUGUCGUCUUCAAUAUCCCGACUUUGGAGCCUACAAACAUUAGUUGUUGAUGGAGAGUUGAUUCUGCCAGGUGAGAUAUGGCAGAUGUCCCAACUUCGACAUGUUGUGGCCAACUCUAUUAUCUUGCCCGAUCCUCCGCCUCCAGAUAAUGUCCAGAAAAUCAUACUUCUUGAAAAUUUACAAACACUUUCAAGAGUCGCAGAUUUUGAAUGCACUGAAGCGGUAAUUAAUAGAAUCCCAAAUGUGAAGAAGUUGGAAAUUGUUUGUGGGACAACUGGAUCUAAUUGUUUAAGGAAUCUUGGACUUCUCCAUAAACUCGAACAACUUUACCUGGAAUUAAUUACUGGUACUCGUUGUUGUGGAGAAAUUGUCUUCCCAAGUUCACUUAAAGGGUUGAUAUUAAGUGAAUGCAAGAUUCCUUGGGAAGAUAUGUCAGUUGUUGGUUCUUUGCCCAACCUUCAAGUUCUCGAGUUGCGCAAAAAUGCUGCUAUAGGGAAAAAGUGGAUUCCAAAAGAAGGGGAGUCACUCGACUGA